AUGGAGAGGGAAGUAACCCAAUCAGACCCGAAGGGCCUGGAAGAAGCCCAAGAUUCUCAAGCCCCUAUGAGGAAGAAAAGAAGACAAAGUGGCCAUUGUGCAAAUAGAGAUGCUGCAGCUAAGAUCAGAGCCAAGGCCCUGGCUCCCAAAUCGAAGCUCAAGGCUGAGAAGAGAAGGCAUGCUGCUCUGGAAAAGCAGUUUGCAAAGACAUUGGCACAGAUGAGAGACCAGAUCCAGCAGGCUUCUCAGUCUUCCCACUCAUCCCACAAAGGUCUUCCCAGACAACAGUUCAGUUUCCAGCCUACCCAAUCAUAUUGGGGCGAGGAUGAGGAGAGGGAUUAUACCAACCCUUCUGAACAUAGUCGCUCCUCUUAUUCUGAGAAGAAGGAAGGUGAGAUCAGAGAUCCUAAUUUGUCAGAGGAGGAGGAAUUUAGAUCUGAUCUACCUCCCUCAGCAGCAGUUUUUAAACCUUCAUUAUUUAAACCGUUCCUGCACAAAGCUUUGGUCACGGCCCAGCUAAUCCCUGAGGAGGUGGCUCCAGAACCACAGGUGGCCUCUUCUAGCCACAGUGAUUCUCCAUUCUCCAAGACAGUGGUCCAUACAGAAGUACUUCCUUCCCUGCUGGUAUUUCUUGAUUUAGUGAAGGAGCAGUAUACCUCCCCUGGGUCGGGGCCUCGUCCUUCAUCGUACAACAGGAGAUUUUAUAACAUGGGCCUGGCUUUGGCCAACGCCCUGCUAGUGCCCUCAGUGGACGCCCCAGUGGUAGCCUCGUUCUCUUCAUCAGGCACUCCACUGAGCCAGAGGAUGUGCUUAAGGCAGAGGACAAAAGGUAGCAUAGUAUAUCUUGGGAUGAUGGUAGGAGCUUUCUUCUGGGGAGGCUUGGCAGACAAGGUGGGAAGAAGACAGUCUCUUCUGAUAUGUAUGUCGGUCAAUGGAUUCUUUGCUUUCCUUUCAUCAUUUGUCCAGGGCUAUGGCUUCUUUCUCUUCUGUCGAUUACUCUCUGGAUUUGGGAUUGGAGGAGCUGUUCCAAUUGUAUUUUCAUAUUUUGCUGAAGUACUUGCUCGAGAGAAACGUGGAGAACAUUUAAGUUGGCUUUGCAUGUUUUGGAUGAUUGGAGGUAUCUAUGCAUCUGCCAUGGCCUGGGCAAUCAUUCCUCAUUAUGGGUGGAGUUUCAGCAUGGGAUCUGCAUAUCAAUUCCACAGUUGGCGAGUGUUUGUUAUAAUGUGCGCCUUGCCUUGUGUUUCUGCUGUGGUGGCACUUACUUUUAUGCCAGAAAGUCCAAGGUUCUUGCUUGAGGUUGGAAAACAUGAUGAAGCUUGGAUGAUUCUCAAACAAAUUCAUGAUACAAAUAUGCGAGCUCGUGGCCAACCUGAAAAAGUUUUCACAGUUAAUAGGAUCAAAAUGCCAAAACAAAUAGAUGAACUUGUAGAAAUACAAAGUGACACAGGCACCUGGUACAGGAGAUGCUAUGUCAGGGUACGCACAGAACUGGAUAGUAUUUGGUUAACAUUUAAGAGGUGUUUCACCUAUCCAGUCAAAGACAAUACAAUUAAGCUUGCAGUAGUAUGGUUUACUCUUUCUUUUGGGUACUAUGGAUUGUCUGUCUGGUUUCCAGAUGUCAUUAAGCAGCUGCAAGCAGAUGAAUAUGCCAGUAGAGGGAAGAAUUUUAGCAACAAGAGGAUCGUGGACUUUGAUUUCAACUUUACUCUGGAAAAUCAGAUCCAUUUUAAUGGGACAUUCAUCAAUGACAAGUUCACAAUGAUGACAUUCAAAGCAGUUACUUUCCAAGACUCCCUUUUUAAGAACUGUUACUUUGAGGAUGUUACUACGCUGAAUACAUAUUUUAAAAACUGCACUUUUAUACAGACUGUUUUCUUCAAUUCAGAUCUUGAGCCAUAUAAAUACCCUGGUAGUGAAUUUAUAAAUUGUACAUUCUUUCACAAUAAGUCAGGAUGUCAAAUUUCAUAUGAUGAUGAUUACAGUGCCUACUGGAUUUAUUUUGUCAAUUUUCUGGGGACUUUAGCAGUAUUACCAGGAAAUAUUGUCUCAGCUCUUCUGAUGGAUCGAAUUGGACGUUUAACAAUGUUGGGUGGUUCUAUGAUUCUUUCUGGAAUUAGCUGCUUUUUCCUAUGGUUUGGUACAAGUGGAGCCAUGAUGAUAGGCAUGCUGUGUCUAUACAAUGGCCUUACCAUCUCAGCAUGGAACUCUCUUGAUGUUAUUACUGUGGAGUUGUAUCCUACAGAUAGAAGGGCAACUGGCUUUGGCUUUUUAAACGCACUCUGCAAAGCAGCAGCUGUUCUUGGAAACUUAAUAUUUGGUUCUUUCGUUGCCAUUGCCAAAUCAAUACCUAUUUUGUUGGCUUCAACAGUUUUAGUGUGUGGAGGUUUGGUAGGACUUCGACUUCCUGACACCAGAAGCCAAGUACUGAUAUAUUUUGGACUGGGACCUGACAGUGGUAGAAUAUAUUGAUGGAUCCGUUCAUUAC